AUUCUUGCUAUUCUCGGCCUCGUCUAUGAACUAAAAUUAGAAGUCGGCUGACAUUACAUGUCACUGGGUUACAGCCUCCCUGAGAACUGUAGGCAUUUGCAGCCACACUGGAAACAAACAACAACAACAAAAAUCACCCUGUAAUCCAUUCCUUGCUGACUGAUAAUCACUAACUUUGGGCACACUGGCUUCAGUGUCUACCAGCACUGGUUCUUUCUGAGUGGUUCACUGUGAUCCUGCUAUUCAAACCUUCAUGAAGUUGAUGCCUUACUGACAAUGUAGAGAAAUCAUGACAGAGAACGUGGUUUGCACUGGAGUGUUUCAUGCUGCAAAGGAAGUUUGGGAAAAAAGAAUAAAGAAACACAAGGAAGAUCUGAAGCGAGAGAAGGAAUUCCAACACAAACUAGCCCGGAUUUGGGAGGAACGAGUGAGCUUAACUAAACUAAAAGAAAAGGUCACCAGAGAAGAUGGAAGAGUCAUUUUGAAGAUAGAAAAAGAAGAAUGGAAGACUCUCCCUUCUUCUUUACUGAAACUCAAUCAACUACAGGAAUGGCAACUUCAUAGAACUGGUUUAUUGAAAAUUCCUGAAUUCAUUGGAAGGUUCCAGAACCUCAUUGUGCUAGAUUUAUCUCGAAAUUCAAUUUCAGAGAUACCUCGAGGAAUUGGACUACUUACUAGGCUUCAGGAACUGAUUCUUAGCUACAACAAAAUCAAAACUGUCCCCAAGGAACUGAGUAAUUGUGCCAGCUUGAAGAAACUAGAACUGGCUGUUAACAGAGAUAUAUGUGAUCUUCCACAAGAGCUCAGCAAACUGUUAAAACUGACUCACCUUGAUUUGAGUAUGAACCAGUUUACUACCAUCCCUCCAGCUGUGUUGGACAUGCCUGCCCUUGAGUGGCUAGAUAUGGGAAGCAACAGACUGGAGCAACUUCCUGAAACCAUAGAAAGAAUGCAAAAUCUACAUACUUUAUGGCUACAGAGGAAUGAAAUAACAUGCCUGCCAGAAGCAAUCAGCAACAUGAAAAAUCUGGGUACUCUUGUUCUCAGCAAUAAUAAAUUGCAAGAUAUUCCAGUAUGCAUGGAAGAAAUGACAACUCUGAGGUUUGUCAACUUCAGAGACAACCCACUAAAACUGGAAAUUACACUUCCUCCCCGUGCAAGCACAGAUGAAGAGGAGGAACAGGAACUGUUUGGCCUUCAGUUUAUGCAUACAUACAUACAGGAGUCACGGAAAGCAGAUGAUCAAGUUAACUGUUCAACUGCUUUACUGACCUCUAUAAACACUGAUGGAUAAUGUAAUUCAAAAUGCCAUGGUGAAGAGGAUUACUUUAAGAAUUUG